AGCAAAGGUUGUGAAUGUACUGGCGACUUUAUUGGAGAGUCAUGUUCAUUUUCACUCCGUGAUGACGUAACGACUGGUAGUUGGCAUUUGAUCAAAGAUUACUCUACUGUGUUCCGAAGUCGUUUUGCACAUGCUGGUGUAUAUGUUCACAACGCAUUUUGGAUAUUUGGAGGUAAAAUGAUGCAGUUAUUGUGCCCACCAAUAUGUGCCUGAUUGACUGCUUGUGAACUUUGCUUGAAAAUAAAUAAGACUCGAUAUACUUCGAUUGAUUUCGAAGAAAAAACCCACUACAUGUGGACGUAUUUUGAUUUAUUUGGACAAUACGAUUGAUUAUUAUACAUUUAAUAUGUAUUCUCGUUUCUAAUUGGUCAGAAAGCACCGGCUAAUUUUCAGUAUUCGGCAUUUAUUGCGUAUUUUCCGCCGAUGACGUCAUCGGCGUCCAAUAAUUGUUUUUUUGGAUCGAACUUGCAUCCAAAAAAAAAAUUAUUGGACUCUCUCGUGCCCAAACCCUUGCGCGGCCAAAAGCUUGAACCUAUAAGCGCGGGAAAACGCGGGAAUACAAACAAACAAUGGCCGACAGCAGAUUUGCUUCGCUGAAUGAAAGUGAACUCUCCAAAUUAUUGGCAGAUAAGGAUAGUGAAAGAAUAUAAUAUUUAGCUGACCUUUGACUUUGUGCAAGGUGUUUGAUAUUCAAAUUGUACUUUUCCUACCUCAUUAACAGGAAUCGUUUUAUACGUUUCUCAUGUCUUUAAAUGUAUAAUAAAACAAUCAUUGGAUUCGGCUUUCGCACGAUAUCAAGAAUUAUUCAGACCUCGGUCUAUGUUAUCCGCCUCAGCUUCGCUUCGGCAGAUAACAUUGACCUCGGUCUGAAUAAUUCUUGAUAUCAUGCUCAGCCUCAUCCAAUAACUGCUUAUUAUUGAAAACGCUUUAUCGAUAACGACAUGUAUUGAAACAAUGCAUCAACGCAACAACAGUGUAUAUGUUUGAAUUCGUUCAAUCAAUAAUUCACAACGAUUGUUUGAAACAGGCCCGAGGUUAAGAGAUAAUUAAGGGGAUGUUUACAACUACAUGACCCUGGUUUGCCGGGAUUACUCGUUGCAUUUUAUCACACCCCAUGCAGGAUAACCAUGCAGUGAUCCAUGUAAAACCAGGGUAAAACUCAGUGGAAAAAAACUUCUCGAAGGAAUGAGAAAAGAUAUUAAAACUGUUUUUUUUAUAUACAGGGGGUAGAGAAAGCAAGUUUUAAUACUCACAACUUGUCUUCCACUGUAGUUGUAACAAAUUAUUAUCGUCCUUCAAUUUCAUGUAAUUAGAUGCAGAUUCUUACUCGCUUAUAAAAACUCAAAAACUACAAUCAGCGUGUCUUUUCUGAAAAUGUUUUAGGAUUUGAUCUGAAUGAAGUGUUCGAUGAUUUGGUGAAGUUUAAUUUUGACGAAAGGGAAUGGCAGCUCAUUCAACCCAUUGGAGAUCGUCCUGUAAGUACUGGCUUAAUUGUCAUGCAAUUGUCAUGCUCUAUGUCUAUGACUAUAUAUGUAUUAUACAGACGAUACUCGAUAGUCAAUGCUUCGGCUUAAAACACACAAUAAGUUUGAUGAGCGCUAGGUACCUAGGUUAAUAAGUAGUUUGCAGGCAGUUAUGACUUGUAUUUAAUAAUUCACGAUUAGAUUCUCUUCAAUCUUCAACAUAAACAUGCAUUCUGUGCUAUAAAGAGUUUAUUUUGACUUUAAGAUUCAGAAUAUAUUUAAUAAAGAAUAUACUGUAUUUAGUAUUGGCAGCGAUUUUUCGAAUUUGUCUGCACUAUUGCAUGCAUUGUAGGUCAGUGGUUUGUGUUUGGACUAUAUCUGACUGGCUGAGAAAGCGUAAAAAAACUAGUCCAGUAGCCUACAAAACUACAGUACUACCUACACUGAUUCAGAACCAGCAUUCUUGAGAUAUCUUUCUCAGAUAGUUCAGACACAAACCACGACAACUUAUUGUAGAAUACUAUACUGUACCUAUACUGGACUACCGCGUUGAGAUAUUUUUUCAGGUAGUUCAGACACAUGCGUCAUGCAAGCCAAGGCAGCUUAUUGUAGAACACUACCUACACUGAACCAUCAUGUUUGAGAUAUCUUUUUCAGAUAGUUCAGACACAAACCGCGCGACAGCUUAUUGUAGAAUACCACUAACGACUGCACUAAACUGCCUUGUUUGAGAUACAGUAUCAUUAAUGUAGGCUGCUCGAUUUCGCCACACAAUGGUCACGUAUAAAGAUACACUAGUCGUUUUUGGUGGAGAGCUUGCAAAUGGCACUCUUCUUAACGACCUGUGGAUUUUUAACAUUUCGACAAUAACGUGGAGACGUGUACAUGGAGGUAACAACCCGCCUGGAUUGGCGUCUCAUUGUGCCAGUGUUCAUGACGACCAACUCAUUGUAUUUGGUGGUAUGUAUAACGUAUGAUUUUGUAAAACGCAUUUCAUAAUUCACGAAGAAAAUUUUAAGAAUCAAUGUUUAAUGCAUGGGGUCAUGUAUCCACAGAUACAAAAUUCUGAUUGGCAUAAACUUUUUCCUCAAUUUCCUCAGUUAAAAUUAUUUCCUGUUGAUACGUUUCACAAGCUAUAGCCUAUUUCGGCUCGAGUUUGUAUAUCUGUUUAAAUACAGCAUGAUCCGCCGUGUUGUAUAAUGUAUUCAAGCUCAAGCCACAGACGAGUGCACAUUUUACCCAAUGCUGUGUAUACAGUAGCUUGUGAUUCGUCUUGAUGAAAACAUUCGUAUUGUUCAAUAAUUUCAAAUAUAUGAUAUUUCAGGGAAUUAAGUCAACUUAAACUUUGUGUAAGUCAGCUUACCACUUGCAUAUCAUUAUGCAGGGAGGAAAGAUAAAACAAAAAAGUUUCCCUCAAAUCCAGAAUACUCCGAACCGUCUGCAGGGUGUGAGAGAGGAAAGAAAUGGAUACGAGGUUGCUUUGUUGCAAGUUGCAGCAAUUUGUGCUCAUAUUACAUGUGCAUGCUACACAUUGUGGUGUGUUAAUAAAACACGUCAAAUCUAGCAAAUGUUUAUAACGAAGUUUACUUCCUAGGUCAAUCUCAAGACUAUGGAUUCUCAUAUCAGAUGUAUACUUAUGACUUAGCUCUUCAAAACGAUUGGAAAACAAUAACGUAUAAACUUGCCAAGAUAUCAGAUCUUCGCCUUAUCGGACACUCUUGUGUCUUUUAUCCAACACUAAAGUCAUUAAUCGUUUUUGGUGGAUAUAGAGUUGUUUCUGGAAGGUAAGGUAACCUGCAUGAUAUUCCAAUGCAUAUACGUCUAUCCCAGAUAUCAUCACAAUCAUCACGCGGGGAUGACGAAGUUUCUUUCGCAAAGAAAAUCGGCGUCAAUUCUAAACAAACACACUGAACGGAAACAGAAAGUAUUUUGGCCUUUAGUUAACAAUUAUUCACCGAAGUGCAGGUGAAUAGUGCAAGGAUAUUCCCGAAGUGGAGGUGAAUAAUGCAAGGAUAUUGACCGACGUCACGUUGUCGAAUCGCGUCCGGUGUGUAUGGACCUUUAUGCAUGCAAGACUUUAUACUAGCUUCCUUGGAUACUUGUGAGGUGUAAAUUAAAAUAUCACUGUUCACAUACACAUGUUGGCGUCUUUGUCCCCUCCCCCGCUCCUCCCUACAAUGUUGGUUUUGACAUACAUUUCACAAAACUUUCACUUACUCAAUUUAUAAGCUGUCAACACGUAUUUGUAUUUCUGCGCGCGCUUCCACAAUAUUUUUGCCAGGAUUGUAGUCAUGAUGGGUGAGAGGGCGUGGUUUCCGCGCUUUGAUAUGUAAACAGCACGCGCAGCAUGCCUCUACUGACAAUAACCGAGACAAUAACAAUUCCUUUCGCCGGCAGUUCUCCCUUUCACAGCUAUUCUCCCAGACACAGAUUUGGAAGUACGUAGAGCUGCCUACGGGAGAUUAUGGUAUUGCAUAUAUAGUAAUUCUAUCCUCAAUUUGCGUAAUUAUAUUUUAUUUAGAACAAGUAUAAAAGUUGAUACGUUACUACUGUACAAUAUGGAUGCAAAGUAUGGUUUCCUAUUGCUGCGUCUGCUGGUCCCAAACCAACAGCAUAUCAUUCUUCAGUUAUCAUGGGUGACUACAUGCUUUCUUAUGGUAAGUUAUCCCUCAGCAUAUCAUUCUUCAGUUAUCAUGGGUGACUACAUGCUUUCGUAUGGUAAGUUAUUCCCUCAGCUGUGUCUGAAGAGUCGCAGGUAAUGAUGACGAACAUUUGAAUAUUUCAAUUCAAAUCCAUCAGCGUGAAGUUAGUUGAUUGAGCUGAACAGAUUAGAACGUGUCAAAUGCUCUUGACAAUUGACGUUUCACAUGAGAAAUAUUGCUUUCUACAAUUUUUAAUAGAUUAUCCACAUGAAUACUCUGGUGUUUGCGCCCCCUGGGGUUACAUUGAAAAUUUCUUCUGUAAAAUGUUCCGACGCGAAUUCAGACACAGAAAUAUGACGUUGCGUGUAUAUUUACACAGUAUAUUACAUUGUUUUGUGCAGGAGGCGUACUUUAUGCCCAGGACGACGAGACGUGUUAUGGCAACGAUAUUUAUUUGUUAAACUUGAAAAAGUUCACUUGGUCAAGUAUAAUAUCGGAUACUCACAAUAGUAGUUCAAACAUUCGUGGUCGAUAUUCUCACGUGGCAGCAGCUUUUAAUCAGAACACACUGCUGGUGCUUGGCGGAUUCAGUGGGAUUGCCCAUGGUGAUUUCUUGGCGUAUAAAAUAUCAUCGAACAUCAUGCAUGGUCAUCCUAAUUCUACCCACCCGUGUCGUAUGUUUUCACAAUGUGUAUUGUGUCUAACCUGGGGAUCCCAAAGUGACCACCAAUGUGGCUGGUGUGUACAAGAUAGUACCUGUUAUCCACGACGAUCCCCGUCCGGUCCUUGCUCUACCACCCAAACAACGCGGGGUUGGUGGGGUAAUGAAGGAUCGUUUUUGACCUCAGUGGAUCAAUGUAGGAUUCAAGAUAACUCGCCAGGAUUAAUGUCUAAUAUUAAAUUUGGAAAACAUCUAGAUGACGUACAUAUUAUAAACCCAUUGCGAGGAGCAUUUUAUACAGUUCCUCGUCGAACUCACAAAACAGAUGAUGUAAACGUGAGAUGGUUUGGAUUCAUUUAUCCAUUUAUAUCACAGCCUAUUGAUGAGCCUAUAACAAUACAGCUUUUUAUUGGCAAGAAAUCAGCAAGUCUUCACUUAAGUACUGAUGAACUGAAAGACAAUACGGUGAAUUUCUCCACUUUUAAUAGCUUUUCAUAAUUAUACUCUUGUGCAAACUGUAAAAAGUUAGAGCCUGUUUACAACUGAAUACGUAAUGUGAAUGGUAAUUUCCUGCGUUUGAUGCAUUUGUCUUGUAUUAAAGGAUAAAGUAAUAUCAAUCAGUGGUAAAGAAACUCAGGUCAAGUUAUCUCCAGAUGCGAAGCGUCCAAAUGGUUCACCAUUGUUUCCAAACCCUACAGUGAAUAAGAAGUAUUACAUUGAAAUCAAAACGACAUUUCAAACAGCAACAACAAAUCUACAUUUGGAUGUCCUUUUUAAUCAUUCUGAUGUGGUACGUAUUUAACGUUCUUGUUUGUUUGUUUACCUGUUUUGUUUGUUUGUGAUUUUUUGUUGAUUGCUUUUCUGCUUGUUUGCUUUUUAUUCGUUUGUUUACUCAUGCCCUUUGCUUUAUUUGUUUGUUUGUUUGUAGCCUGAUAACAGACCUUCGUUUCACCCGCCCUAAAAUUCGUCGACGGAAAGGGCGAAACGUAGGUCUGAUGAAAAUGUUGUCAAAAGCGCCUUCCGCCCACUUUGCAUUUUGCAAUAAUUAACGAUGAUGAUUGACACAUACAUGUAAUACCUAAAAAUACAAUGAAAGUUGUCGAUUUCACGUUAUUGCAAGUUUGUAAACUAGUAAGAGUCGAUAAGUACAGAUAUUCGAAUAAAUAUUUAAAAUAUUGCUAACCCCAUGGGCCAUGGAGCCCGUUGCUUUUAUAUGUAAACAAACAGUUACAGCUACAGUAGUAAUAAUACAACAUUUUCAACACAUUCUAUAAAUGCGAUAAAAUCUGCCUACGCAAAUUUGGCAAUGGCCAAUGUGCCAUUGUUGACUUGCAUCCUAACUCUUACAAUUUAUACAUUUGAAAUCGCCAUACAAUGGUAAAAUCUAAAUAAAAUAUUUUGUACGUGCUAUGUUAUCAAAAUGUAAAUCAUGAAUGCGCACAUAUUUGUAUCCGAGUUUUAUUAUGACUAAUCACAAAACUUAGAUCGUGUAUAAAAAUUAUAUAUUGUAUUGUUUAUUACAACGGAAAGAUACAACGCUGAAGAAUUUGACACGUACUGCUCUACUCCCCUCUAGUUUUAAUUUUAGACGGUAGAUACUGAUCAUAGACUAGUUCUCGUUAUAAUAUUACACUGUAUGACGCAUAUUUAUAUGCGUUGAUUUACCGUUGAAAAUAUUCUGAUCUUUUCAAAUCUUUUCAUGUCAGCGAUCAACCAAUCACAACCCGUUUCCCUGUGAAUUAGCCAAUCAGCUUUGUCGACCGCCAGGCGGUCGACUUACAUGCACUUUUAACAACAUUUUCAUCAGACCUACGUUUCGCCCUUCGUCGACCCGUGAAUUUUAGGGAGGGCGAAACGUAGUCUGUUAUUAGGCUAGUUUGUUUGUUGCACUGGUUUGCUUUUUAUUUAGUUAGUUUGCUUAUUUGUUAAUUGAUUGCGCCUUGCAAUGACACCUGCAUGUUGUAGAAAAUAAAGUAUGACCACACACAAAAACGAUCGAUCUAGUAAGUCCAUUGGAGAAGUAAUUUUCAAGAAAUACGUUGUAUAAGUCGAGAAAGUUAAAGUUCAUGUAAAUCAAGGGAAAUCUCUAUCACAUAUAAAGAUACGACACGCUUAUGAUUUUUCUUUGUGUUUUCCUCAUCAAUAGACAAUUCCAGGUAUCGACUAAUUUUUUAUCUAGACAAGAAAGACGAAAUAUAUCAUUAUAGCUCAAAAGAGCAUCCUAAAAUUAGUAAAAUUGCAAAGUUUGGUUGCGAAAAGUUGUCGGAGAAAACGGAGAAAUCAAUGUAGUCCUGUAAAUUUAGCAAAUGUUGAGUAUUUUAGUAUUACGCGCGGUAAAAAUAACCACUUUUGAGCCGAAAGUGGUUAAUAUUUUUACCGCGCGUAAUACUAAAAUACUGAAAAUUUGCUCAUUUCCGUAUUUUACAACAUUUCGCAACCAAACUUUGCAAUUUUACUAAUUUUAGGAUGCUUAUUUGAGCUAUAAUGAUAUAUUUCGUCUUUCUUGUCUAUAGAUAAAAAAUUAGUCGAUAGCUGGAAUUGUCUAUUGAUUAUUAUUAAUGUCUAAAUGAGUUUUUGAAAUUUUGUAUUAAAAUAAUAAAUCAUGAGCCAGUUUUUAUAGCACCAUUAAAAUAUAAUAUAAUAAUAUCGAACUCACUCACUACGUUAAAUAACUACAGAGUAUUGUGCAAACAUUUAAAGACCUUAUUUGCAACUUUAUCUAGAUCGAUGGAAGAUAUAUCCGACCGUUUUACUCUGAUGAUUGUGCAAAAUAUCCAACAUGCCUCGAGUGCUUGUCUGACAUGUCUUGUGGUUGGUGUUGGUCAGAUAGUACGUGUAUAUUUAAAAAUAGCUCCACGAAAUGUCAACAUUCAUCUGGCAAGGAUAUUUACUUAGUCCUUAAUGCUACAUAUUGUGAAACCUGUGCUCAGUAUAUUAACUGUGAGUCUUGUUCUAAGGUAAGCAUCGUUUUGUAGUGUAUGCACGUCAAUCAAAAUGCCAAUAUAACUUCAUACUUCAUGACAACAGAACGAUGCGGAUAGAUUAUGUAUCGGGUAGAUUAUGGCAUGAUAUAAUCUGUAAUUUCCGAUGGUUCAGUCACUAAAGUGAAAUUCUGCCUCAUGGACUCGUAAAUGUUUGGAAUAUCCAAUGACUCAUUCGAAUAAAGCUAUGCCUACUUCCGGUAUAAAAUAUCAACAUGGUAUCAGUCAAUACAUUUGAUCAUAUAGGCUACCAAUCAAUCAAUGAUUGGUAUCAAUCAAUACAUUUGAUCACAUAAGCUACGUUUAUACACUAUACCAGAUAGCAACAAAUAAUCGUACCAACUGAUACUUCGUCAUAAUUUGACUUCGUAAACUCGACAUGCAGUUCGAGAAGGACAAAACAAUAUACAUAAGCCGCGUGGAACUGGCACGAGUUUAAAAGCUCCAGCACGAGUCAAGAAACGUUAAGGUAACCUAAAAUGAGUUUCCCCAGUUUGAAAGAGUAAAAAAUUAGGCUGGCGCUUUAUUGGGCUGGCGUGUUAUUGGGCUGGCGCUUUAUUGGGCUGGCGCUUUAUUGGGUUGGCGCUUUAUUGGGCUGGCGUUUUAUUGGGCUGGCGCUUUAUUGGGCUGGCGCUUUAUUGGGUUGGCGCUUUAUUGGGUUGGCGGGUUGGCGCUUUAUUGGGUUGGCGCUUUAUUGGGUUGGCGCUUUAUUGGGCUGGCGCUUUAUUGGGUUGGCGCUUUAUUGGGUUGGCACUUUAUUGGGUUGGCUUUAUUUGACUUGAGAGCGCCUGGAACACAAGAUAUGUUGUUCUAAUGUUAAUUAUUUUUUUUUAGGACGACCAAUGUACAUGGCUUCAAAAUUAUGAACUUUGUUAUCAACUGGAAAAUAAAAACACAGGAAUGCAAUGCGCUUCAUCUUGCACAAUGUAAGUUACAUUGAUGUUAUCAGGAACUACUAUAUAUUCUUGAAAACUCGUGUAAAGUUGAGAUUGGUUCUUUCCUGUGCUUCGGAAGUUUUCCCCCAGGUACUCCCGUUUCCUCCUGCACUGAUCCUUUCACCUUGGCUGUGAUCAGACAUGGGUCGUAUGCUGGCAGUCUGCAAUGGCGGCCAACUUUGAGCUGCAUGCCACUUUAGCUUCAACUACAAGAAGGAUAUGAUAAGUACUCCGUAUAGCAAACUAAUUGCAGAUAGCUGCAGCUUGCGAAAUUCACUGUAAAUCUGGGAGUGUUACCACCAAAAUCGGUGUAAUUUCUUGGAGCAGUGUAGACACCGAUUUGGUAGGAACUUACACCGAAUAUUGUGUCAAUUUACACCUUUUUGAUGUUAAAAUAGAUGCAGCUGUGUGGACGCCAUGCCUGUGUUACCAUGCAUGAGCGUAAGCUAACACCUCCGAAGGUGUUUUUACACUGCUUUAGUGUAAAGCACCUUGCAGCUGUGUAUACACCAACUUGGUUUAAAUCUACAUGCACUAUGUACGUAAACCACAGUAACAGCUCCGAAGGUCUUUUUAUACUAUUCUAGUGUAAUAUAAAGCACCAGAGAUGAAUGUUAGGCCUGUUUCGAUCAUGUACGAGUUGAAUUUAUAAGAAAUACGAACCACACGAUCAGAAACUUACAUGACUGACACAUUUAGGUAUUUAAUUUGACGUCGUACUGUAUGAAACGAAGACGUGAUAUCAUACAAGCGCUUUAUCCAUCUCACCAAGACGAAUAAAACGACUUGGACGAAUUUAAUUCAUCAAACGGAUUCGUUUCAUACAACGCACUACAGAGUACAGUUGCAUUUAUUAAAUUCGUGUAAACUAAAUUUGACCAUUGUGCGCCUUAUGAACCAUGCCUCGCUAUGUUUUAUUUAUUUCACUUCUAGUCACCAAGAUUGUGACAGCUGUAUAACAAACAAAAAAUGUUUGUGGUGUGAAAACGAAGACAAAUGUAUACCAGCGGUAUCUCUUCCUGCCGCUUUUAUGUAUGGACAAUGUUCACAUUGGUCUGACGGGUAUGUAUUUCGUAUCUAUAACAUCCUCUAUUAACCCCUCUCCCGAAUUAUUUCAGGUAUGUUUCAUGGGGAAUUAAAUAUACUGUGUAUAUUGACUUAUUGGGGAGGAGUUAAUAUAGAAGGAUUUUAAACUGACUUAUUUAAAAACAGUAAAUAGGAAUCACAAGGACUUGUAGGCCAAUUGAGGGGAAAGAGGAGCUUAAUAAAUUUCUUUCUCUGAAGGGGGGGGGGAGGAUUUGUAAAGAGGGCGUUGUUAAAAGAGGGUAGUUCAAGGAAGAUUUGCAGUAGUAUCAAUACAAAAUUAAACAAGAGUAGGAAUAUUUUAAUGGCUGCAUUCUAGUUUUUGAUACUAUUUACCUUCUAUUCAUCUAUCAAUAAACCCAUGAUAAUUCUCGGGCAAUCAACGUCGGGCAACUAUUUGUUCCCACCGUACUCCAAUACCUUCACAUGCAGGGACGGCAAACAAAACGAAAAGCUACCAUUCAUGCAAGUGUUUUAUCCGUCAGACAAAGUAUUUGCAUUUUCUAUCACAAAAACUAAUGCCUGAAUUCGUAUAUACUGUGUAGUUCUACAAAAGAAGAAGGUCGGUGUCCUUCAUGCAGUGAUAAAGAAAAAUGUGCCGAUUGUUUGAAAACAACGUAUUGCGGGUGGUGUGGAGAAUAUCAUAACGGCAGGUAAAUACCACCAUUCUCGUAAUCUUGUUUACACCAUGAGUUCACUUCGGAGUUCGUGGGUUUGAUUCUCGUUACACUCUCAUGUGAAAAGAGUCAACGCUCUGCCGAAAGUCGUGGGUCCGGGCGCUCCAGUUUCCUCUCACAGGGAAAGUUGACAGGGUGGGUUAGAUAAACAUAGUUAGGAAUGUAAAGUCACAAGUGUUGUAAAGAUAAAUAAUCUUGAUACAAGUAAGCGUAAUAUUUGAUGUAAUCAGUCACCAAAAAGUCCCGAUGGGGAGUGAACUGAAUAAUGUGUGAUGUAAUUUAUAAAUGUAUGUGUGUAGGCCUAUGUGUGUAUGUAUCUAUUGUUAAAUAUUAUUUAUCAUUUAUAUAUUUUUCAUUCAGUUGUUUUGCGGGAGGAUAUGAUGCUCCUUCCAAUGGAAGUUGCAAUCAGUUGGUAUCUUCAGAUGGAAUGACAUAUAAUUAUAAAAGGUAUUUACACUAUAGAGGCAACGAACGCAGCAGUGAGGACAUACAAGAUGACAUUGUUCCCAGCAUGUUUGCCAUCACCGCGAUAUAACACUUGGUGUUGGUUCUUGUCAGCUUGCAAAAUAUAUAAGGACACGUAUCGAGGACAUUCAAUACACAGAGUUAAUUAAGCUACACAGUUAUUCAGCUAUCAUUCAAAGGCUAUUGGUUUUUAGCUAGGCGAAUUUGUUGGCCCUAACAGUAAAAAAGAGGAACUGAUCGAACUUUUUCGCGGCGAAAUUUUUUCGCUGACCAAUAAUCACAUUGGCCAUUGCCAAAAUUUGUUUUUCGCUUCCCGCGAACAAAUUGGCCUAGUGGAAAAUGAGCUUUAGAAGGUGUAGAUACCCGAAGAUGCGAGUUCAAAUCCCGCUCGAGCCAACGAAUUUUUCGUUGGUCUACUGCAGUGUCAGAAUAAUAUGAAACUAUAGCACAGAAUAAACACUUGCAGACGUCCGAUUUUCUGUCGGCGCCUUUGAUGUUAGUGUAAAGAGCCCAUUUACUACUAGACGAAUUUCGCAUCGCUUACACGUGAGCAAAAGCAAUGGCGACAAAGGAAAAAGUCGCUUCGCGCCAAUAAAUUCACCUAUUGCAUGGGAGACAGGCUAAACCGGUCUGGGAGACAGGCUAAAUUCGCUCAUAUGGGAGACAGGGAGACAGGCUAAAGAGGGAGACAGGGAGACAGGCUCACAUGGGAGACAGGCUAAAUUCGCUCAUAGACAACUCGGCCUCGUUGUCUAAUUGUUAAAUAUCCUGCUAGUAGAGAACCAAUCAGAUUGCAGAAUACCUCAUAGCCAGACCUUGUGUAUAUGAUAAUUAUUAUUACAUCUUUGUUACACAGUUAUUCAGCUAUGCUCAAAGGCUUUCUGAAAUUAUUGGGGGGGGGGGGGCAACCCUCUGGCCCCCUUAGUGUCCGCAACUCUCUGCCCCCCUUAGUGUCCGCAACUGACUGUAAUCGCGGGGACCAAUGUUGUGUACGAGAUACCUUAAAUUGCAUUCACCGUUUGGAUUGAAGACAUGAAGUCGUGCAUGUCAUAGACAGACUUGUAAAUGAUGGUAUCUAUUAUUCUCUUUUAUUUUCUAGCUACGAGUGGUCUUACGCAGUAUGCCCAGAUGAAAAUGAGUGUAUAACAAAACAUGAUUGUGAUGAAAAUGCAGAUUGUUUUGACACUGUUGGUUCAUAUAGAUGUGAAUGUAAACAGGGUUAUCAAGGAAAUGGCUCAUUUUGUAAACCUUUGUAAGUUUUUAUUACAUGACGUAUCUUAGUAAAUUUUUAUACUUUAGGGUUUUUACAUUUGCGUGUUUACAGUUCACGUUUGGAGGUGUGGACAGUGUUCUCCGUAUUAUACUGUUUUGCUGUACUAGUACAUGCUGAAGUAGACCUUGCAAUUCUUUCACGUGACAGUAGAUUUACCAACUGUGUUAAUAUUAUAUACAGUUAGUAUAUAUUCUGUAAUAAUUCGUUAUGUUUAGCAAUAUUCUUCCAUCACUUCAUCUUUUGUCUUCCUCUUUUAUUUCAUUUCAUGCUAUCUUAGCUAAUAUAGCUUCUUUAAUCUAUUUUAAUCAAAUUUGUUAUUGUGCAAUAAAUAUUUUGAAUCCCUUAUUCCAAAGCUUGUUUCGUACUGUAAAUAUAUUGAAUAAACUAACCGCGUGUCGCAUACAUAGCUCGAAAUCUUAAAAAAUUGAUAAAAUAAAAUCUUACUGUGGAAGUACAGCGUUUCCCGGGAUGGAUACAAAACUUUCUCCACUACAAACAGAAAAGCAAACAAGAUUUUUGCCAGGAGAGUUUAUUAUAGUAAAAAUAUCUAAAUCACCCCCAUUAGAUAUCAGUUUUGAAGUGUCCUGAUGUCCAAUCAUGGCCAAGACUUAAGCAGGAAUACCUGGAGUAAACCUCCAGUGUUUGAGUCAAACUGGAAACACUCUUUUCACAAACUGGAGAAGACUAAACGACAUUGUGAAUAUUUUCUUCAGGUGUAAUCCACCUUGUGUUCAUGGCCAAUGCAUUAAACACCAACUUAACGAUUCAUUGGAUGAAUGUAAGUGUGAUUUGGGUUGGACUGGGCUCGUGUGUUCACUCCAGGUAUUAAGUGAUUUAUUUGUUUUGCAGUGACUGCAUUUUGUUUGUUUUGCUUGUUUCUUUGUCCCACAUGGUGCUUGAACCCGUUGUUCUGUUGCUCUGCCUCUUGAACUUACAGAACUCAGUGGCAAGCUGAGAUGAACAAAGGCCAUGACCUGGCUGAUUGUACAAACACCACUGACAAUCAUUAUAUUAUUAUAAAUUACUUUUGUCUGUCCCACUUCUCAACUACUACCUUACCAUACUUUGAUUUAUUAGGUUCAACACAUGGUAAAAAUUGUGAAUUUUGUGUGCCUGGGUCAUAUGGUAACGCGGUCACUCCUACAGGAUGUAAGAGAUGUGAAUGUAAUGGACAUGGUGACGAACAACGAGGGAUAUGUGAUAGUAGACUGGGGCAUUGUUUCUGUAUGAACAACACAAUGGGUGCACAAUGUGAUCAAUGUGUGCCUGGAUUUUCUGGUCAUCCAGAGUAAGUUUUCUAGUACUAUCAAUAGUAGGAUACAGUAAACUUUUGUUGGUAUGUCAGCGCUGGAAUCAGAUUUAAUAAAACCCUAUAUAUUAGUUCGGUUUUUGUGACAACCCCAAUUAUCAAGGUCUCGGUACAGUAAGUGUUAUCAGUCUCGCCUUCGGCUUGACUGAAAAUACUUACCUCGACCUUCAUAAUUCUGAUCACAAAAACCGAAUUCAACAACUGUUUAAUAUCCUGUAUUUCUACUGUACUAUACUGUAGUGUAUUGUAUUGUAUUGUAUUGUAUUGUAUUGUAUUGUAUUGUAUUGUAUUGUAUUGUAUUGUAUUGUAUUGUAUUGUAUUUACACAUAUUGUAAACCAUUUAAUUAUAUUUUAUUUGUAUUGCAGGAGAGGCGAAGGUUGCUACUAUCCUUGCAAAGCACACGCUAUCUUAUCCAAUAUGGCACAAGGAACAUUGAGCAGUCUACCAGAAUCAGGUCAAGACUAUAACCCAAACGACGUGAAGUGUGUAUGGAUGAUCACUACUUUAAAUCACAACUCUAACCAAGUCGUGUAUUCAAAUGAACCGGCUCCAGGAACUGUCACGUUUCGCAUGAAAGACAUAGCGUUAGAUUGUCAAACAGAUCAUAUUUAUGUCUAUGAUGGUAUGCCAAAUUUUAAACUUGGUGGCAUCGAGCCUUCAUUUAAUCUUAUCGGCUCCCUAUGCGGCACGGAUCCCUCCAGUAUUCCUGCUAUCGAAUCUCGUUCUGGGACUUUGGUUGUUGUGUUUAAAGGAAAUGUUGGUCUGAGUUCACUGACGAGUGGUUUUAAUGCAACCUUCGUUGUCAAUCAAUGUCCAAAUUCGUGUGCAGGCAACCGUUAUUGUCAUAGUAAUGGAACACACGAGAGUUGUAUUUGUAAACCGGGGUGGACUGGGAUGGCCUGUGAUGAUGUCAUAUGUCCAGCAAACUGCAGUGAGGGCCUGGGUCAUGGUUAUUGUGAUCAAGUUAGUAAUUUGUAGUUUUUACCUCACUUCACUUUAACUUCGUAACAAUAAGCUGCCAUGCAUACUUCGAGCAUUCAGGAGUUCAAGCGACUAACGUUCUGGCGAACAAGCUCCUCACGAAAGUCGAGACAUCGACUUGUUUUCAGUUUCAACACGAACCCGUGGUGGCGUAUUGAGGAAUACUAGCUACUGCCUUUACUAUACCACAUUAUACCCUGCCACACCAUACCAUUUUUGUUUCACUUAACACCACUUCAAACUAUAGCGGUAUUAUAGCACUUUACAACGCCCCAUUAAAUAAUGUCAUUGGAACGUUCGUAAUUUUUGCAAAAUUGAAAUUCUGUAGGAACGACUCGCUGAGGGAGUUGUAAGGACCUUCUCUCGAAACAUGUUCCUUUUUCAGAACACAGAGACAAAGUUCAAACACAAACUACGCGGUAACUAAAUUCAUCUUUUUUUUUUCUAGAUUUUUGGGAAAUGUGUCUGUAACAAUGGUUAUGCUGGACCAUCUUGUAACAUCCAGCAUCCUUCUAAUCAUUAUAUUUGGGAAUAUUCUUCCCCUUUGAGUGGCUCGACUCCUGCACGCAUGGGACAUACAUUAAUAGCUGAUGUUCAAACUGAAUCUUUGAUCAUCUAUGGAGGAUACUCACUCUAUUUUAACAUUCUUGGUGAUGUUUGGAAAUACCAUACUAAGACGAAGAAUUAUGUUCAAGAAACUAGUGGGAGUAAAACGCCGAGUCCACGAUAUUUUCAUGCAGCGGAUGUUUACAAGGUACGGUUUAAAAGUGUAUUCGAUAAAAGUAUACAAAUUGUCCAGCAGACUUGUUAUGAGAUUUCUAACGAACCGAUUGACACUAGCCUGCGCGCAGACUAUAUAAUGAUAUUAUACCUCAAAUUUAAAUUGUCCAAUCAGGAAGCUAGAUUUGUACCACGUGAGCAUGAAAUUUAUCAUCGUAUCGCGCUUACGUCAUUCGUAUUUGGUGCAGCAGGAAAUUUCAGUCAUAUUCACCGGUGAAUAUGAGUCAAAUUCACCGGUGAAUAUGAUUCGCGUAGACCACGCGAGACAACACGCAUGCCGCCAAAGUAUAAAUAGUAUUGAUGAGUGAUGAAUAAUCUGGGUAAAUGACUGUAAAACCUGGGGCUUUUCAAAAUUUUGAAGUAAAUUUUGAAAAAUGUUGUCAUUAAUAUUCCAAACGAUAUGUGAUUCGAAAGAAAAGCGACGAUACUUGCGUUAAUCCGAAACUAAAACAUCGUAUUCACGAAGGUAUGUGUCAAGUUUUUAUUUCUCAACUUGGAGGCUUUUAAUUUUCGGUAUAAUAUAUCAUUUAUAGACCCUCCGCUCGGGGGAUUCGGCGAAAUAUUUCCCGAAGUGAUGAUAUUUCCUUCGGGAAAUAUUUCGCCGAAUCCCCCUCGCUCCGGGUCUAUAAAUGAUAAAUAUAUAUAUGUCAUUUUAGUAUAAUUACAUAGGUGAUUAUUGAAAAUUCUCCACGCUGAUUGGUUGCCGUUGAGGUGAUUAUUACGCGAUAAUCACCUAAGCGAUUUUCAAAAUGGCCGCCGAAGCCUUUUUGUCAAUUAAUGAUGAAGAAAUGUUUAUUUUCUUAUUUUUUUCCAAAUAAUCACCUAUGAAAUUAUACUAAAACAAUUAUUCACCUCAGGCUCGGUGAUUAUCGUGAAUAAAAACCUCGACUUCGUCUCGGUUUUUAUUCACCGAUAAUGACCUCGCCUUCGGCGAAUAAUUGUUAAAUAUAGUCUGCGCGCAGGCUAAUCGACACAGAUUGUGCCAUGGGUGUUAGAUGUUGGGAUUCCAGGGAACCGCGUUACCUGCAUGUGACUGGAGCUAACUGCAAACCUGGGUCACAAGGUAGAAAAUUAGUGUAGUAGAAAAUUUCAGCAACGGCGGUCUCGGGUCCACAAAACACACUGUUUCCCUCGAUCUCGGUAAAUAAGUGAUAAAUACAAGUUCUUUCAACAAUUUGUUCUCGCCCUGCAUGUAACUUGGCAACAAGUUGUCAGUGACAACGUUGUGGCAAUUUGAGACUUAAUUAUACUUGACAAUAUUCUCUUGACGAUAGUUCCUUUGGCCCAGUCAUUCUGAAUGUCUUGCACAGGGCUUCCAUUGAUAAAGGUUUGAAAUAAAGAUUCUCUCCCUCUUUUCUGUUUUAAUUUUACAUUUUCAAUAAGUAGCAAAAACGAGGCCGAGCUAGACGACUUUUCAAAAUGUACGUAAAAGAAUAGUUCGACCAUCUAUGAAAUUCUAACAGAACACGGAAUUACACACAUUAUUUCUAUGAAAUUCUAACAGAACACAGAUUUACACACAUUAUUUCUAUGAAAUUCUAACAGAACACAGAAUUACACACAUUAUUUCUAUGAAAUUCUAACAGAACACAGAUCUACAAACAUUUCUAUGAAAUUGUAACAGAACAAAGAAUUAGACACAUUCUUUCUAUGAAAUUCUAACAGAACACAGAUUUACAAACAUUAUUUCUAUGAAAUUCUAACAGAACACAGAAUUACACAGAUACACCCAGACAUUUUAUAACGGUUGUAGUACUAGAUCUGUGGUGUUUACCUUAAUAAUUGCUGUCUAACUCUAUUUUAAAAUUAUUUAUAUAUCAAACCUUAUUUCAAGAAGGUCAGAGUGUGACAUUCCUGGGAUCACGUUAAGUCGUUAAACUUUUCCCCACUGAUCUGAUGUAUAUAGAGAAGAUUGAGUAGCACACCGUUUCAUAGACAAAUUUGGCUAACGUUGUUUACAUUGUUGCUACCAAAUUCAGAACUUUGGAUAACAUCAGUAACAUGCAUGAUUACGAAUAUAGAACGAAGGUAACUAAACAUUAUAGAAUUGUGUACUGUAUACAUAUAAGAGUUAUUCACUCAUGUAGAUAAAGCUUUACGUUUACUCUAUACCGGAUAGAAAAACGACAAAGCCCCUAUCCAAUACGGAAUCUGCAACUUUUAGAAGCUGAGCGAAACAACAUCUCUUCAUUGGCGUUGCAAUAAUUGCUCUGAAAAUAGUGUUCCUAAAAGGGUUGGAUAGGUGUUCUUCACGUCGCUACGGCGUUUACAAGUGUAAACGUAGCCUAAAGCUUGGUUACCUUUGUUCUAUUCUAUCCUUCUGUAAACUAUUACAUCACGGUAACUAGGCAUGUGGGUCAUCAAAGUUGUGAACUGGGUAGAAACAAACGUCAGCCAAAUUUCUUUAUUGCACAGAUUAGUAAAAUUAUACUCAAGUGUGACUGAUAUCAAUUAAAUAUAGAUCCUUCCAAGAGAACUUGCUGGCCACACCGUGAAUGUUGUAAAUGACACUCUAUAUUUAAUUGGUGGAUAUUCUCCUGACAAACAAUGUUCUUCAAAUGUCUAUACACUGAACUUAGACACCAUCAAUUCUGACUGGAGUGAUUUGAAUCCCUCGAGAGAUAUAUUAGACGGUAGGUUUCUUUCGAAUUUGGGUGCAGAUUUCUUUAUCAUUUUUCAAAUACUAAGGACAAAUUCUGGACGAGACAUGAAGAAUUCUGAACAGUACGCGAAUUUGGCCGGUUCUAUUUGUUUACACGGGAAUUUGUACGGUUCGUAGCGAUGCACCGGAUAGAGCAUUUUGCUAUCCAGUCGGAUAGUUGACAAAUAUCUGGCCGGAUACCAGAUAUUUUUUAUAUAAGGUUUGGGAUUUCAUUUAAGGUAAAUAAUAAUUUUAAUCGGUUAUAAAGUAAGGGUGUUUAUAAUAUUUUGACUUGAAAUAAUAGGAAAGAACUUCACAGUCUAACAUCGAUAAACUUACGUAGUUGCAAAAGCCUUGUCCACAAAUCUCAAAGGUAAAAUCCACUCUUAAUUGUGCACCGUUCAGAGCUGUUGCCAGGAGAAAUGCAAGAAUACAUGAACGUUCACAAUUGUACAAUAAUAUUCCAUGACCAUGGUUACUGAUUAACCUAAUAUUUGUUCUCAGUUUGUCGUAAAAUCUUAAUGAUACACUAAUAACGAUAGCAACUGAACUUAUCAUUUUAGCCUGCUUCGGACAUACAACAGUUUAUGAUCGUUUUACAAAAUCUUUGGUUGUAUUUGGAAAGCAAGCAAGCAAAAUGAAGCCAACAUUGGCAGUUUUAAAACUGACUACAAAUGAAUGGGUUAUUGUGCCAGGUGUGCCUCAGGUAAAAUAGUAUAUAUUUUUAUGUACAGUGCAUAAAAUGAAAUAUUCGUUAUGGUCGUUAUGACUUGGGCAUGAAAAUUCGCAAAUGUACAUUUGGUCCAGUGUGCUAUAGUACAGUAGUGCAUGAACCACUGUGUGCUCUGGGCUCAUUCCUCUAAUAUUGUCGGCUUAUCAUUUCCUCUCAGCUGUUUUUAAGAAGAUAGGCUUGCUCCAAGUCUCUCUCGAAUUGAGUCUAUCCAGUGGAUUAUUAAAUCAGUUUCAUAACAACAAUUCUGGAUAGACCCUAUAAAAAAUGAAUCGAGGCCAAUUCCAGCAAGUCUGUUACGAAGAGUGCGUCCAGUUGUACUCUACUAACAAUGUAAGUUUUCUGUGGUUGCCCUGCUUUACCCCUGUAGUAACAGUGGACUUAAUAGUCCUCACGGGUGGAAAUCUGAUAGAGUUCUCCAAUGUAUAAAAAGGUAGUUAAAGUUAACGACAGUUAGUGCAGAAGUUAACCAAUCAGAAUCGCGUAUUUGAGAGUUAACUAUUAUUUAACUGCGAAACGAAUAGAUAAAAAAGUAGUUAAGCGUUUCACUUUAUACGGCCAGACCCUGCAUGUAAUAACACUGGAUCAAUAACGGAUCGAUAGUCCUUACUGCACAUCUAGGUAGAACAGUUUUCGUGUUGUCAAAAACGUCUCUUGGCUUGCUAUUACUUACUGAAACCAUCCUACAAUUACGAACUGGAUCUGCAGAUAGUCUAAAGACAAUUAUAGAAACAUUUCUUAAGGGUAAUUCAAGAUCAUGCAGUUACUAUAUGGCUAGCUUGGGCAUUCCUUUUUGUAUUAACUUAAGCCUACAUGUACAGUUCAUGGGAAUGUUUACAAUUUUUAAUAACUAAAAUGCGAUGAAAUCAGUUUUUCACAGCUUACAGCAAGUUUGUUGCUCAUAUAACUUUACCUUGAACAUUUCGCUUCCAGGCAGUGUUCCCUCGUCGCUGGCUCACAGUGCAAUUGUUUCAAUGAAUGAUGUCACGUACGUUUUUGGAGGUUACAAUGGUCUUUCAUCUGGCAAGUUACAUCGUCAAAACCCUUCUUCAAACUGGUGUGCUUUGUUUUCUACGGAAAUAUCAUGCAGCAAAGUCAGAAAUUGUGUCUGGUGUAAGGAUGCUGCCAGCAACCUCACUGCAUGUUAUGUAUCCAACAGUCAUCUGAAUUGUAUCGCUACAAACAGCAUUUGUCAAAAUGGAAUGCUUGCAAUGCCAAUAGCUAGUGCUCUGACGUCAUGGAGUGAUGUGUGUAUUGAGAAAACCGUGUCUGGUGGUUGCUCGAGUUGUAUUGAAGGUAAAGCCUGGUUCACAUUGAUCGUAAACAUCGGCAAUGCCCAUUGUCGGUGGUCAUUGAUGCAUAAAAUGUUUUGUGCAUUUUCUUCUUCGUUGCUCACAGACAAUGGAUCGUAGAACAUCGCCGAUCAAUGUGAACCAGGUUUAAGUUAAUAUACAGGGUGUCUAAAAAAAACGCUACGGAAAUUAAACAGGCUGUCGUGCAUCAUAAACGUGGCUAAACAAUUCAAUUUUUACAUAGGACGAAAGAACAGUUAUUUAGCUUUUCAAUGAUACUCUUUUUAAGUCGUAACGAUGAGAACUGGCCACAUACUCGACAAAUAAAAAUUGCCGGUCGAAAUCACAUUCUUCCACCGUUGGGAAUUGCAUCGAAAACGAAACAUAAACAAUUCCCAAGAGGGAAUUAAAAUUGAAUGUUAAAUGAUCUAAAAUAAGCUCAACUAGUCAAUCUUCGUCUUAGUGAGACAAUAACUCAAUACGAAUUUGGUAUGAAACAUAGUUCAAUUAACCUCUGAACAGAGAACAUUCGUUAUCAAAACGUUUUAUGAAACAAAUAGCUUGCAGCAGGCUCGCGUUGCUUUUGGAUUGACUAACUUUGCAUAAUUAAUGUAUUUUCAAUUCCCAACGGUGGAAGAAUGUGAUUUCGACCGGCAAUUUUUAUUUGACGAGUGUGUAGCCAUUUCUCAUCGUUACGAUUUCAAAAAGGUGUCAUAGAAAAGCUAAAUAACAGCUCUUUCUUCAUAUGCAAAAAUCGAACUGUUUAGCUACGUUUAUGAUGCACAACAGCCUGUUGAAUUUCCGUAGCGUUUUUUUUUAGACACCCUGUAGAAUUCAUAAUCCUUGGAGCAUUAAAGGCUUCUCUAGCAAGAUCAGUUUAGAACUGCUAGAGCUAUCCAUGCAGUGUAAAUAAACUUGGUUCAGUUAAGUUUCCUGUUGUAGCAACGCUGGUCCACUGGAGGAUGGCUCUUACUGGAUCUCUAGAAAGAGAAAAUGUUUGUUUCUGUAUUACGUAACACACUUUACUGUUUAUUGCACUUUUUCCACAGUGGCCUUGUUUCCAUGUUUGCUUGUUUUAUCCCCAUGUUUCGUGCACGAAUAUGUUUCUUUUUUAUGUUGAUCCGAUUCACUUAAAUCUGGUUUACACUAUCAAAGUUUCUGUGAUCACAGUAGGAAUUUUGCAUAGGUAAAUAGGGAACUGACUUUGUGUUUAACAUCCUCAAACAUUUCUUAUUAACAUUUUAUAAAAUUUACUUACAGUAUGCAAAAUUCCCACUGUGAUCACAUAAACUUUGACAAUGUGCAGAGGCCGCGGAAGCAUUGGCCAAAAGGGGCACUUUUGUAUGUGACCAAAAUCAAACGAUUUUAUGUCAUUUACGAGCCGGACGAACAUUUUUGUAAAUAUGGAGUCUCUAUAACGUCGGAAAUGGCGUUUACAGAGUCUUUACUACUGCAAAAAGGGGGGCACUUUCUUUCCAGCAAAAGAGGGCUUUCAUUCAAGAAAUACUUUUUUCGUUCUUUAAAUGAGGCACUUUAGCCCAGAAAAAGAGCACUUUUUCACUUUUAAAAAAAGUGGGGGGGGGCGGCACAUGCCCCCAUUUCUCUCCCCCCCCCCCGGUUCCGCGGCCCCUGACAAUGUGAACCAGGCUCUACUGAGCACGAAACAUGAGGAAAUAAGCACAUGAAACGAGGGCUAUUCCUACGUUUUGACCGUUUACAAGAGAGUUACUUGUGGAGGAAAAUGGAAGGACAGUUUAGAACUGAUCGAGCAAUCGAGUACUGUAAAUAAAGUAGGAAUUACUUACAAUGUGUAGUGUAAACCUCACUCUAUCUUUAUUGUAGGCUCGACAUGUUGUUGGUCUGUUGACUCGCAUCUUUGUUUUUCACUUUCCUUCCAACCAAUCACGUGUGCAUUCGGGAUAUGUGGUCGUGUGUUACGUCAUUACGACGUAUGUCCUACUUCAUGUAAUACAAGUAGUUAUUGUUAUGAUUGUUUGGAGCAGUAUAAUUGCGGUUGGUGUACGGAUCAAACUCAAAAUGGCCUUGGAGUCUGUACUGAAGGAACAUUGCAAGGUUAGCGAUCUUUUUUAUAUAUUUUCGAGGAGAACACAAAAGUAUAAAGCCAUGCAUUCAGCUAGUAACUAUCUCACGAAAGCCUUCGUAUUUUUUCUGGUAGUUUUGACCUAAACCACGGCAAUAUAUUGUAAAAAGUGCAACUGGAUCCCCACGUUAGCAGUGUUUUUAAUUUAAUGAUUUUCCCGCGAUUUUCCGCUCCUGGUUAGGUGUAAUAAAUGUAGAAAAUUCACACUCGAAAUUUCCAUCCACAAAAUCCUUCAAUUUGUUCUAUCGAAUUUGAUGUCCCAAAUCCUGAUUUUCACAGAAAUCUAUUGACUUCUUAGGUCCAUAUAAUGGAACAUGCUAUGGCAAGAGUGAUGGUGUAGAUACCUGGGUUUCGUCUGUAUGUCUUCCUGAAGAUGAAUGUUCAAAUGGACAUCAUCAAUGCAAUGAAAAUGAAACGUGUGUGGAUCAGGCGUUGUCGUAUAAAUGUGAAUGUUCAUCUGGGUAUGAAAGAAAGUAAGUUUCACGCUACGAUAAAAAAACCGGAACACAUAGUUCACCUAAACACGAUCAUGUAUCAAUGAUACAGACGGUGUUUACUCCAAAAUUAGUCUUACCAGGAGUUUGAAGGAGUUAUUUUUUCACCAGUGUAACUAUUAGUGCAAUAAUUCAGAUUUGAAUGUUCUUGGAAUGUCGACUGCUAGAGUCCGCAAGCAAUAUCAUCCAGGUAAUACGCACCUAUCAGAACGACGUCUGUGAUUGGUGAAGGUCGAAAAGAUCGUGGAGCUCUGAUUGGUCAGUUCUUCUCAAGUACAUCAGGGGCCGGUAGUUCAAAGCUGGAUUAGCGCUAACCCUGGGUUAAAAUUUAACCUACUGUUUUAGUUUAUGUAUUUUUGCACAUCUAUUUAUUUCAAAACUUCAGAGAAGAAAACUCUCAUUAGUCCAGACAAGAAUUUAUAAGUUUAUAAACAAGUUGUUGGGAAGUUUGCUUUGAAUUUUCGGUUAACCUAGGGUUAAGCUAAUCGGUUUUUGAACAACCGGCCCCUGGUUCGGGUUAGGGCAAGGGUUGCCUAGGCUUUGGCCCCUGUAGGGUGAGGUUAGAUGAAUUUAACCCUCUCCCCAACACCAAACGCCUUGCCCUGACCAAAAUUUUCGGUACAGUUCACGGAAUAAAACCACGAAAAAUUCAAAAUUUGGUCUCAGCCAAUCACAGACAUUCUGAUAAGCAGGGGUGGAAAAAAUAUUUUCCUUUCUGGGACCGCAAGAGAACAUUGAAAGUUUUCUGCAAAUAAUCAAAUAAAUCGACACUUGGAUACUGUAACUGUGUGACACUAACAAGUUGUCAAACUGGAUGUCAUGCUAUACUUGGACAUAAAAAAUUAUUUCAGUGCACUGGAGAAUCUGAAUAAUACUUUUAGGGAUAUAACAUAAAACUAAUUUAGAUAACAAGCAUCAAGGGUUGGAUCCUAAGGCACUACCAUGGGGCCACUAUCAGGGGGCCCCAGAAUACAGCAUUUUGAAAAUCAGGUGCCCCAGAUUGGCUAAAAAUGCAUUUGCCACACGACAUUUGUUACAUCAUUCUGUAGUCUAUACAUUUAUAUAUACACUAUCAAACUAUGAAGAUAGAUGCACUUAUAAUUGUAUUUCUGAGCUCAUUCCUACAGAACAGGUAAACAUUCUUUCUAUUGGUUAGAAUUAUCAAUCUCAUCAUCUGAAAGAUAAAAAUCUGCGUUGAGUGUUUAAUAUUCCUGAGUAUCUGGCAUCUCAAUAGCUCAGUGAGCGCUGGUGUGUUAGAAUGCUCAUUAAUUAAUUUUUAGCCUUGACUUGAACACUCCAUGUAAAGCUACCGUGAGAGGAAAGCAUGCUAUUUUUUGUUUAGAAACGGUUCAUGUAUACCAGUGUGCAGUCAAGGAUGUGUUUAUGGCUCAUGUAUUCAUCCUGAUCAAUGUUUUUGCAACUUUGGAUGGGUUGGAGCUAACUGUAGUACUCAGUGUGAUUGUCAUAAGAAAGGUCAUUGUGUCAAUGAAACUCAACCUGAUAACUGCAAGGACUGUCGAGAUCACACUACCGUAAGUUACACUUGCUAUGGACUAUAGAGCUUUCCACUAAUAUAGACUAUAUGGAUUUCCACUAAUAGAGUAUAGGCUUUUCCACUAAUAGACUAUAGGAUUUUCCACUAAUAGACUAUAGAGAUUUCCACUAAUGUCUUGUCUAUGAUGGAACGCUGCGGAGAUAAAUUACAAAGACGCAUUCCGCAUACAUAUUAAAUACAAGUAGAAAUUAAAGUAAAAAUAGAUUAUAACAAAGUAUUAGAAACUAGAAAUAUUGACCCAUUAAGUGCCACGACUUUCCCCUUCACCACUAAAAUAGUCAGGCGUUAGACCGAGUAAAAUAACUAUAAGAAACUGCCAUGCAGGCUAGCAAAGCACGAGUGGUAUUAAUAUUUCGCCAAAUACAAGCUAGCGUGUGAUUUUUCAUUAAUACUUCAAGCAGGACUGCAGAAGUGUAAUUUCCUAUUAAUAUCAUAAGAAACAUUGUAUUAAUGUAACAAAGAAUACGUAAUAAAUGUGCAAGUAAAAAUCAUACAAUUCGGCAUUCUAUUCCAGGGUCCAUCUUGUAAUCGCUGUCUACCAGGCUAUGUUGGUGAAAAUGGUCAAUGUGCGAGUUGCCAUGAUAAGUGUAGUCGAAAUGCUGAAAUAUGUUACAAUUCAAACGAGAAAAAUACAACAGUAAGUUUCACACGUGACCUAGUCGAAGGUUACUAAAGGGCGCCCCUGGCUGCCACCAUACAACCCUGACUGUCACCAUAUGAACCUGGCUGCUACCAUACGACCCUGGCUGUCACCAUAUAAAAUUAUAUGACCCACGUCUGAUCACGGAGUACAGUGAAAGAGUUAAUUUUUAGUGAGGAAGGUUAAUUGAACAUUUGAAAUUUGAAAGACUCGAUAAACUAGUGGGAGAAGUAUUUUACAGGUUGUGUUCCAUAGUUUUACUAUUCUAUUAAAGUAGGACUUUUGCAUUACAAACGGGAAAUUGAUAAUCAGAUGAUCAAACUGAUUAUCAAUUUCCCAUUUGUAAUACAAAAUGACUGAAAAACGGCAAAUUUCGCAAGGCUAUAUUAUCCGCAUUUUACAACAUUUCGCAACGAAACUUUGGAAUAUUACUAGUCUAGAUCAAAAUUUCACUUAAAGGGGGAAAGGUCUAUUUGGAACUCUUUUAGUGCAAUUUUAUUUAUGUCAAUGUUCAGCCAAUCCCAAGUUCCAUAUUGCCUGUUGGUGUACCGGAGAAUUUCGCUUGCUUGGGAGCCAAUCACACCACUCGUAUUAUAUAGUGGCAUAGUCACAUAUAGUCAUCCUCAGUGGCAUAGACACAUAUGGCAAUAACACAAUCGACCUAAUAUUACAUGCACUGCAUGUGGUUUUGUGAAGGGGAAGGUUAACAAAUUCGUCCUUUAGUCGGGCCUUAUUCUCUAGGACGGCGUAUUUGAGUGAUGGGCCUAUAAUCGUGGACAUAACUUGCUAAUAAAUUGUUUAUUUGUCUCUGUGGGAGUUGAUCCCUAUAUCUUACCUAAAAAUGCUGAAAUACCCCCCUUCCCCCUUAACAAUGUUGUCGAAUUGCAUUUAAAAUGUGUGGAAAAUAAUAGCAACAUUGGGUGCAUAGGUGAAGGGGGGAAAAAACAUAAUGAAGUUGGCCGAACGUAUCUUCCUAAAAUUCCGACCUAUCAUUAACAAUCAUGUCUACGAUUGUAGGAUAGAGGAUUUACGGUAAGUAGAAAAAAGUCAAAGCUAUUAUGAACAGAGGUAAAGGUUUUGGAAAACUAAACAUUCAUGUUUAUGAACAUGCAGAGGUAAAGUUAAAGGAAAACUAAACAUUCGUGUUUUCUGUCUUCGUCUAGUGCUCGCAAUGUGUUCCCAAAUAUCUUGGCAAUCCUAGUGUCGAGGGACAACAAUGUUACCGUGAAUUGAGAGUGCUUGGUCACCGUUUUUUUGCCAAAGAACAUUCAAAACAUCUCAAUCUCUUGCCUUUCCAAACAAGUUUAUAUUGCAUCCUACCAAGUUAUACUAAUAUGGACAUCCGUUUAACAUUUGAUAUAUCUUACGGUAGGUGAUCGUAUUUUAUUUUUCAUUUGAAUUUUCUCAUCGAAAUCGUUUUGAUCGCCUGAGUCGCACAUGUGCGUUUAAUUUCACUCUCCAAAGGUUUCUUUACUCUUUAAAAAAUGAAAAUUUGUCAGGUUACCCAGUGUAAAGCACGAAAGCAAUUGAAUGUGGUCAUGUGGAUCGUCCCCAUAUAGUCUAGAUUAUCGUAGAGUAGCCCUGUGUCGACGUUUGUUCUCAAGCAAGCGCAAAAGAAACUUAUCUUGUCUACAACAUGAGAUCACUUAAUAGUCUCACAUUCACGAUCCUGUCCUAAUCUACUUAUUUUAUUUAUUGAUCAAUUUAUUAGACAAUGCUUAGAGGCUAUUCAUAUGAGCCAGGCUAGCCAGAAUGAAUCGUAUCACAAAAAUGUUUUCCUGACCAUGGAUGAACUUUAUACUGUUACUGGAAUCAAACUGAGCUAAUUCAACUUUGAAAUGUCAUUUUGGAUGUUUACCAAAGCCGUAAUUAAGAGCUUUAUUAAACAAAUCAUCCUGCUUAACCGAGCCAGUCCGGAUCCAUAUGAGCAGCCUUGGUCGUACUGUACAUUUUUGUGACAUGCUGUCGACUUUUUCAUUUCCUAUGUAGGCUCUCUUGAUGUGUACAUUUCUAAUGGUGAUAACGCCUUUAAAGUUGACGCAAACCAGACCGUCUCAAUAACCUUGCCGAAAAUAACGAGCCCUGAGUACUCUACGGAUGGUCUGAAUACAUACACAAAGUUCUCUCGCGGGACACAAGUGAUAGUUUUCAAGCACAUGAAACACAGAUUGGUAGUUACGUUUCCUAGCGAUGAGCAUAAAAUGGACAAGAAAAAAUUCUACAUCAUUAUAAAAGCUGCUGAGGAUGGUGCGAAUGGAAUCAUCUAUUUCAAACAAGAUACCACAAAGAUAAAUUUAAUCGUGUUCUUCAUUGUGUUUACUUCAUGUUUUGUAUUCCUGUUGGCUGGUGUUUCCAUUACAUGGAGUAUCAAAAACCGCAUUCACUCGCGACGAGUCGUGCAUAAUCGUGAAGCUGAAAAUAUAAGGUUACAUAGCAGACCUUUUGCGAAGUUUGCUUUCUUGUUUGAAUAUCAAGCCCCAACACCUGGUGUCAGACGACACAGGAAGACAACAGCAUCAACUAGGAAAGCAGUUCAACCAAUGGGUGUACAGUGUACGAGCGACUACCAUGCGACAAUUACGACAGUCUUAUUUCAAAUGCCGCAGACAGAGAAGACAAAGAUGACAGUAUCCCUGGGAACUACAUUGUCUUUAGUCACACCACAACAGAUGGAUAAACUUGCACAACCCUCUGCACCUAAAGACACGACAAACAUAUACAAUUAA